CCCGGUCCCGGCUUCGACCUCGGCCCCGGUCUUAGCGAGCGCCGGGAGGGACAGGACGGCCCCCGGCACCGAGCUCCGCACAUCGGGCAAGCGCUCCGCAGCCGUGCCGCGGGCGGCGGGACGGCGGGACGCGGGGCACCAUGAUGAACAGCUACCCAGACGGCGAGGAGGACCCGGUGGCGCUGCUGGCUCAUGACACCGGCGGCAGCAAGGAGCCGGAGCGGGUCAAGGAGGAGCUGGGCGCCGAGAAAAUCCCUGAGAAGCCGGACCCCUCGCAGAAGCCCCCCUACUCCUACGUGGCCCUUAUCGCCAUGGCCAUCCGGGAGAGCGCAGAGAAGAGGCUCACGCUGUCCGGGAUCUACCAGUACAUCAUCAGCAAGUUCCCUUUCUACGAGAAGAACAAGAAGGGCUGGCAGAACAGCAUCCGCCACAACCUCAGCCUCAACGAGUGUUUCAUCAAGGUGCCCAGGGAGGGCGGCGGCGAGCGCAAGGGCAACUACUGGACCCUGGAUCCCGCCUGCGAGGACAUGUUCGAGAAGGGCAACUACCGCCGGAGGCGAAGGAUGAAACGGCCUUUCCGGCCGCCCCCGACCCACUUCCAGCCCGGCAAAACCCUCUUCAGCCCCGACACCUACGGCUACCUCUCCCCGCCCAAAUACUUGCAGUCCACCUUCAUGAACAACUCGUGGCCGCUGGCGCAGCCCCCUGCGCCCAUGCCCUACGCCUCCUGCCAGAUGUCUGGUGGGAACGUCAGCCCCGUCAAUGUGAAAGGACUCUCGGGCCCGGCAUCCUACGGCCCCUACUCGCGGGUGCAGAGCAUGGCGCUGCCCAGCAUGGUGAACUCCUACAACGGCAUGGGCCACCACCACCACCACCCGCACGCUCAUCAUCCCCAGCAGCUCAGCCCGACCAGCCCCGCGCCGCCCGCGGCCCCGGCGGCGAACGGAGCCGGCCUCCAGUUCGCCUGUGCCCGCCAGCCCGCCGAGCUGUCCAUGAUGCACUGUUCCUACUGGGAGCACGAUAGCAAACACAGCGCCCUGCACUCCCGCAUAGACAUCUAGGGGGACUUCGGCCGAUAGCCCACCGCCCUUGCACCGGCUCCACUACCACUCUGCGAUCCUGCCGCCUUCUCCUCCUUUCUCGGGUCUCUCCUUCUCUCCAGCCGCGGACUUUCCUCUCUUCGUGCCUAAACUGUUGCGGUGGGGAAACGGCGGCCCUGCUCCUUGUGUAGUGUAAGUGUAAGAACCGUUCUACGAGGAGGAGAAGGCGGUGUAAAUGCGAGAGCCGGUGCGCUGCCGCUGGGCGAGCUCGGAUCUACCGUUCGUUUCUUUGCUCUUGUGUGUGUGUGUUCGUUUGUUUGUGAGACGGUUUGGUUUUUUGUUUUUGUUUGUUUGUUUGUUUGUUUUGGUGGGUUUUUUUUGGGGGGGAGCAUGUAAUUAAAAAUAGGCUGUUUAGCCCUCAAAAUUCUGCUCCUUUAUAAUUCAGCCGUAAUCCUUUCGGGCUCAGCCUUGGGGAGAGUGAAAAGCGGAGCUUGUAAAUAGCGGCAUUUCCAUGCGUGGCGGUGCUGGCUGGUGAGGCCUAGCUGCUGCCGUGGUGCUCGUCCUCCUCCUCCUCUUCAUCUGCUCUUUCUUUUUCCUCGGACUGCAAAACACCGCGCUUCUUCCGAGCAGCGGCUUUCUGUCAAAAUAGUACUUAGGUGGGGACUUCUGGAGCAGCGGGAGAUGCCGGUUGUCAGAAACCAACAACCGAACCUGCCAGUGUCACUCGGGAAACGUUUCACUGUCGGUAAAAUAUAGUUUUAAAAGGAGACAAUGUCUUCUGAGGUCUUAAAAGUAAUUUUAUACAAGUCUAAAAAUUAUUUUGACGUUACAACAAAAGAAAAAAAAAAGGACGGUUUCCUGUAAAUUGGAUUUUUUUUUUCCGUGUGCAUAUUAUGAAUAAUAAUGAAAGUUUAAACUAUCUUCGGGUUUUGUCGACCCCAAACCUGGCCCAAAAUGGAUUCUCCGGUAGGUUCUGCUUUCGAAUGCUUGCCCUUUACUCUUAAAACGUUUUGAUCCUUCGAUUUUACAUAGAUUAAUGUGAAGAAGAAAAAAAAAAUAGAGUUUAUAAUACCGGGGCCAGUUCGUAGCGAUUUUGUAAACGUUUAUGUAAGCUGAUAGAUGCUGUGGCAUAGUACCAUUUUGGGACCAACUUUUCUAGAGUGAACUAGCACUUUUAUUGUACUUCCUAGCAUUUUAAAGUCUCCAAUAAAGUGGCUUUCCUUCUUUUCA